UGGUGCAGUGUGAGAUGUGUUGAGGGUUGGACAGGAUGGAUGGGUCACUGAGGACUUAUGGGGCCUGAAGGAAUCCUGGGGUCUAUGUCUAUGGGGUCAACCAGCACCCUGGGGGCGUGGGUCAAUGGGAUCUGUCAGGGUUGGUGGGGAUGGGGUCUGCCAGAAUGACCACUCCUGUAGGGUCUAUGGGGUCUUGUCAGACAUCCAAGGGGUAGCUGUGGGGUCUGUGGGUGGCAUGAGGUCCCCUGCACCAAAUGCCCAGCAGAGUCUCCUCCUGUCCCCAUCCAGCUCCCAGGGAUGGCAGCACCACACUGAUGUCCCCUCCCUAAAGCUGUGACCACUCAAGGUGUGGGUGAUGCAGACCCCCAGCAUCAGCUCCGUGUCCCAUUGCAGACCCACCUCCCACCCCACAGCUCCGGGUCUCCCCAUCCACCCCACAUCACCCACAGGUGUUGGCACAGCACAGUGCUGGCUCUCUAUGGGAUCUCACCCCACAGCCCUGGAGCCAACGUCGUUUCUCCCAGGGCUCAGAUUUCCCUGUCCCUUCAAUAACAAAAGCAACGGCAGCGGAUUGGAAACGGCACAUGUUGUUCCCAUCCGCGGCGCAGCAAAGCGGAGGCGGAGGCCAUGGAGAAGGAGCUGCUGGAGGAUUAUCGCUUCGGGCGGCAGCAGCUGAUUGAGAUCUGGGGACACGCCUGUGCCAUGGCCGUCACCAAGGCCUUCCCAUUGCCAUCCCUCCCUCGGAAGCAGCCCACAGUGCUGGUGGUGUGCGGCCCUGCACAGAAUGGGGCCAUUGGGCUGGUGUGUGCGCGGCACCUGCGUGUCUUUGACUAUGAGCCCACCAUCUUCUACCCCAAACGCUCCCUGGAUCCCCUGCACCGGGACUUCACCACUCAGUGUGAGAAGAUGGACAUCCCCUUCCUCUCCUACCUCCCCACCGAGGUGCAGCUGAUCAAUGAUGCCUACAAUGCGGUGGUGGAUGCAGUGCUGGGGGCUGAGGCGGAGCUGGGUGAGGGCAGGGGGCCGUGUGCUGGCAUCCUCGCCACCCUAAAACACGUCCGCAUCCCCAUUGUCAGCCUGGAUGUGCCCUCAGGGUGGGAUGUGGAGGCUGGCAGCAGCGGUGGGAUCAGCCCUGAUGUGUUGGUGUCACUGAUGGCCCCCAAGCAAUGCGCCCGUCGCUUCCUGGGCCGCCAGCACUUUGUGGCCGGUCGCUUCGUUCCCUAUGAUGUACAGAAGAAGUUUGAGCUCAACCCACCCGAGUAUCCGGGCACUGAGUGUGUGGUGGCCCUGAGUGCCCCCCAAUAAAGUGCUGGGACUGCUG